GCCUCCCCGCAUUGUCCCCUAAACCCUAUCAGAUCAGUAACACUUCCGGAGACGGCAGAGCCGCAAAGAGUCGCGGCUCCCCCAUCCCCCGGAGCAGGUCUACCAUGUCGGCCGCCGCCGGCAAGCCAUCCCGAUCUGCCUCUGCCAUCAUUGCCUCCACAGCGAGCGGGUACCACCUCCUCAAGAUCGAUGGCUACUCCCGCACCAAGGGCGUCCCCACCGGAGAAAGGAUAAAGUCCCGCUCUUUCACCCUUGGAGGACAUCGAUGGUACAUCGUUUACCAUCCCAACGGCUCCGGACAACAGUACGCAGACUGCAUAUCCCUGUUCCUCGUUCUCGAUGAAAAUGUCACCACGGCAGUGAAGGCGCAACACAAAUUCAGUUUUGCCGAUGAGUUGACGGACCAAGCUCCUUCAUUGGCAUCAGUAGCAGUACACAACCACAAUUCUCAGCAGCGCUGGGGGAAUGCGAUGUUCAUGAAAAGGGCAGACUUGGAGAAGUCGGAGCAUCUCAAGGACGAUUCUUUCACCAUCAGGUGCGAUGUCGUUGUCAUCAGCGACUACCGGGCAGAGGAUCUGCCCGAAGACACCCCUCCGACAUUUGUCUCUGUGGCCCCAUCUGACCUGCACCAGCACCUCGGAGAUCUCCUCAAGACCGAGAAGGGCGCUGAUGUGCUUUUUGAGGUUGGGGGUCACACGUUCGCAGCACACCGCUGUGUUCUCGCUGCCCGGUCGCCGGUCUUCAGUGCGGAGCUCUUUGGCGGCAUGAAGGAGGGAGACACCGCAGGUGUGGUGCGCAUAGAUGAAAUGGAGGCAGAGGUGUUCAAGUCGUUGCUCUGUUUUGCGUAUACCGACUCCUUACCGGUGACAGAAAAGGAAGAUGAAGAUGUCAUGUGCCAGCAUCUGCUUGUUGCAGCCGACAGGUAUAACAUGGAGAGGCUGAAGAGUAUCUGCGAGGAAAGGCUAUGCAAGUACAUCAACGCAGGCACAGUAACGAACAUCCUGACGUUAGCGGAGCAGCACCACUGUGAGGGCCUAAAGAAGGCAUGCUUAAAUUUUCUUCGCUCCCCGGCAAAUCUUAGGGCUUUGUUAGACAGCGACGGCUUCGAUCAUCUCAGCAGGAGCUGCCCUUCAGUUAUUAAGAAUCUGAUUGCCAUGUCGGCCCCCGUUUAGUGGUAAAUGUUGCGUUAGCAAUUAUAUAGUUCCAGGGAUUGAAAUGGUUUUCUUGUACUAGGAAUGGUUGUUAGCUCCCUGGUUUGGUUUGAAGACUUAUUAUCCGCAGUUAUCUUAUAUUCCUAGUACUAUCAGACUACCUAUCCUAACUUUCGAAGAUGGAAACUAGUACUAUAUCAUUGUCACUUUGUUUCUGUUUUGGUGUUU